CAAAUAUGUAGCAUCGAACACUCCCUCCGAUCUACGGGAGGAAAGAGCGCAUCAAUUCGGCGAGAUUUUCGAUGGCAAAAGAGCAGGGAAGGUGAAGGGGAGACUGAGAAUUUUCUUCCUCUUCUCCAAGUUUCCCUUUCUUCUUUUCUUCGCAGCAGAAGUUUCCCACCUCGAUUUCUCAAGAGGGUAGAACUUUUACGUAAUCGGAGAAUCACCCAUCUUCAAUCCCCGGCGACCGGCAAGCAGCGUAUACGACGACGAGACAUACAUAUAUCACGGCUACGACAGACACCCGACUUCACUUCACCAUCAACCUCACCUCCUGUCUAAGCUCACUCACCACCAUCACUACCACCCCCAAGGAUUUCCCAAGAUGGCCCGCCUCAAACUCCCCCACCUCCGGCUCCCACCACCCCUCUCCUACAUCCCCCGCCCCGCCCUCCACCUCAUCACCCUCCUCAUCCUCAUCAACUGCCUCGUCUGGGCCGGCGUCGGCAUCACCCUGCACUACUUCCCCAAGAUGAUCUCGCCCGCCGUGCUCUCCUACACCCUCGGCCUCCGCCACGCCCUCGACGCCGACCACAUCAGCGCCAUCGACCUGAUGACGCGCCGUCUGAUUGCUUCCGGUCAGCGACCCGUAGCCGUGGGCACCUUUUUCAGCUUGGGACACAGCACCGUUGUCAUCAUCACUUGCAUCGUGGUAGCUGCGACGAGUGGAGCGCUAAGAGACAGGUUUGAUGGGUUUCAGCGGGUGGGCGGCAUCAUUGGCACGUCUGUGAGCGCCGCCUUUUUGAUUAUCUUGGGAGUGGGGAACGGGUGGGUGUUGUAUAAGCUGGUGAAGCGGUUGCGGGUGGUGAUGAAGGAGCAGAGGGAGCGCAGAAGGAGGGUGGAGGAAGGAGAGGAUUUGCGAGCCGAGGAGGAGCAGGAGGCCAUGAAUAACUUGCAGUUGGAAGGGGCCGGGUUUCUGGCGAGGGUGUUUAGGAGGGUGUUUGCCAUUGUGGAUCGGCCGUGGAAGAUGUACCCGCUGGGUGUACUGUUUGGACUCGGGUUCGAUACCAGUUCGGAGGUGGCCUUGCUGGGGAUUGCGAGCAUACAGGCAGUGCAGGGGACGAGCAUCUGGUUGAUUCUGAUUUUUCCGAUUUUGUUUACUGCCGGCAUGUGCAUGCUCGACACGACCGACGGCGCCCUGAUGAUGGCCCUGUACACAUCCAAGGCCUUCUCGAGAGACGUGGUGGCCAUCCUGUACUACUCGAUUGUGCUUACCGGCAUCACGGUCGUUGUGUCGGCCUUCAUCGGCGUCAUCCAGAUCCUGUCGCUUGCCUACAACGUGGCCGAGCCGACAGGUCGUUUCUGGGAUGGGGUUGAAGCGAUAGGCGAUCACUACGACGUUAUUGGCGGAUGCAUCUGCGGCUUGUUUGUCGUUGUCGGUCUGGCGUCGGUCAUCAUCUAUCGCCCCUGGAGGAAAAAGAUGGAGGAUCGGAUGGAUGCCAUGAGCAUAUUGGAUGUCGAAAGCCCGGUCGCGUCGCCCGCUGCGGUUGCGGAUGGUGCUAUGAGCCCGUAUGCCGAUAGUCCGGUGGUCACGCCCUUGGAACGUGUUCCGGAACGGAUUGUUUGAGGGUCGGUAGAACGAAGGGGUCUUGGCGAGAACGCAACGAAUAUAAGAAGCAAUUGGAUAUUUGACCAUCUUGGCCAUCAGAUACCGGCCGCGUUCGGGACAGACUGGCAAUAAGCGACACGUGCAUCUACGGGCAGUUUCCUUCAUCAAACCUGCCGCCUACAACAUGGAUGACCCCAAGACCCUUACAGGAUGCGCAACCGCGACAGCAACAUUCUCCCUCACGGUGGCGAUGCAAUGCACAAACACGCGGAGAAUUCAUUGAUAGUGCUUGCACGAGAAGGCCCUCCAAGAUGCCUACUUGAUAUACGAGUCUAGAUUCCACGACAUCGCUCCGUGAAACCCUUCCCCUCCUUGCAAAUCCAGAUUGGGUUCAUGUCGUGAUGGACAUACCAGCCAGUCAUGCCGCCAGAUUUUUCGCAGAUUCAAAGGGUCCGUGUUCCGGUGACACAGCAGAUGUUUUACACUGCCGUUCCGACCCUACCCCCGUGUUGCUGUCGCGCAUCUCCAUUCGACGAUCAGUUCGCCUUAUGAUGCUACGUCCCCUCAAAAACGCCUCCCUGUCGCAGCCCAGGCAGCCACAACCUCGUGGCACUCAUGUCUCACAAAGUCGCAAGGAAGGGAAAAAAAUCUCGCCGUCAACAAACCCUUCCCUCUUCAUCCUGCCCGUGGAAUGCGCUCGGGAUGCUGCAUCUUUGCUACAUCCUGUAAUCUGCCUAGGGCAAUUUGCCUAGGAGGCACUCCAGGCUAGCUGCACACAAAGUGUGUAACCGCUCGGGUUCAUCCCGUAUCAAGUACCGGGGCGAAGUGAAGCUUGGCGGGCGCGCCGUUUUUGUCCGGUAAUUGCGUCUUUCCGUCGGGUUAUCGUUUCUUCUAGAAGGGUGUCAUUUGUCGUUCCCGCAAGGCGCAAAUGCGAGACAUCGUCGAUUGCUGUCGCCUUCGGCACCGGUACUGAUGGUGGCUGGCAUUGCGUUGCAAUGGUGGCAGCGUGGCGUAGAAGUCGGGAAAGGGGAAGAAAAGAUGGUAUCUCUUCCAUGUCUCGGGUUAACAAUUCUUCUCUCCAUCCCCGUUCCCACAUGUCCACGACCGACCGAGAAGGGAAGUCUCGUGCGACCGGACGUUCAACUAACCUGAUCAAUGAUCCCAUUUCAUGUCUCUUAUGACCCCUUGAUACUCCUAGCUUAGCCAACGAAAUUCUGAGUCAGAACCUUAAUAUGCAUCCCGCCCCUCCAUGAGUCCAUUCAACCCCCUUCCUGUCUCAACGUCGUUGAACCCGGCUUGUCCUCGCACAAAGUCUAGAGUGUGAACCUUGGCUGCCUGGAUUGGAGACAUUGACGCUUCCACUGAUAUGCCAGGCAUACUGGAACCUAUACACAACACACAAUAUUGCAAACCACAACGUCGACACAACAUUGACCAUGGAUGUACACAUCGUGAUGCCCCUUAAUACGACCGACAGGCUUUGUGUCCGGACGGGAGCAACAGUGGGUGUAGAUAGAGAACACAACAGGAGACGGACAGGUAGGCAUGGUAACAUACUCGUCGAGGGUUCGUUACAUUCUGCCCGGAAGCACAAUAAGCUCUUCCCGUCAAACACAACCGCGCCGAGUCGGAGAAAGUUGAUGCGAGGGGGGAGAAUGGGGAGAAAAGAAAGAGGCAAAUAUACGCAAUGAUUGCGAGCAGUGAGAGCGGGCAUGGAAGGCCAAGAUGAAAUAACAUAAAGGUUCCGGCUUGGCAAUGUC